GGAGGAGGCUGUCCAUGGCUACUGGCCUUAAUGGCUAAGCUCCUGUAUCCGAAACUGCCUGCUUGGGGGAGCGCGUGAAAAACUGCUAUCGCUUGUGGCCCCAAGACAGAGCUACGAAGGUCUUCCCACCCUGGGGUCCAUCCCACCUUUCCUGAAGAAGCCGCAUCCUUACCGGGCCCGUCUCUGGCCUGAAGACAGAGAUGAACGACUUUAACUCCACUUUUGGAGGAUGGAGAAGGCGCUGCUCCAGCCUGGCCACCGGUAUUGCUUCCUCCUCAGCUCUUACCUGAUGGAAUCAACCAAUUCAUCCUACAGAUACGUUCCCUCUUCUCAUGUGCUGGCACAGACUUCUGUCCGCUCGCAGGUUUUCCCCAGCAUGACGGUCUUCUCCAGGGACUCUCGCCUUCUCAUGACAUGCCUCAAGUACGACAGCCUUGCCCCCCACCUGUCUGUUACUCCAAGGGAGUCAGCCUAUGACAUCAGACGAAGUCGUGGUAGCAGGCUCCAAGGUGGUCCUCCGCUGCGAGGUGGAAGAUCCUGAUAACUCCUCCCUCCAGUGGUCCAAUCCUGCCCAACAGACGCUGUACUUCGGAGAGAAGCGAGCACUGAGAGAUCUUCGCAUCCAGCUGGAGAAAUCCACGCCCAAUGAGCUGACCAUCAGCAUCGACAACGCCACCCUGACCGACGAGGGGGAAUACACGUGCUCCAUAUUCACCAUGCCGGUGCGGACCGCCAAGGCCAUCGUCACCGUGCUGGGAAUCCCACAGAAGCCCCAGAUCUCUGGCUACACGGAUCCUCUUAAAGAAGGCGAGGUGGCACAGCUGACGUGUGUCUCUUCGGGCAGCAAGCCAGCCGCUGAGCUCCGGUGGCAUAAGGGCGGCAGUCCUCUGCCAGGCGAACCUUUAGAGGUAGCAGAGGAUUCCAACGGGAAGACGUUCACCGUCCGCAGCCGAGUCGAAUUCACCGUCGACAAAGAGGACAACGGCGUGGAAGUCACUUGCACAGUCGAUCACGAAUCCUUGCAGAACUCUGACAAGUCCGCGUCGCAGAAGAUCUCAGUCUUUUACAAGCCGACAGCUAAAAUUGAACCCAAACCCGACCAGCCGCAAGAAGGAGCUUCUCUGGAACUUCACUGCGACGGGGAUGGAAACCCACUCCCACAAGAAUACAAAUGGGAGAAAGAGGGUGCCGAGACAGCGUUGUCGGAGGCUCAAGACAGCAUCCUUUUCUUCCCCAAUUUGAACAAAAGUGACAGCGGGACCUACAUCUGCUAUGCCUCCAACAUUAUAGGCGUUUCUGUCGCGAGGUACAACCUGGCCGUUAACGAUGCCAGCCGAGUACCGCACAGCACAGACCCGUACCACGCCAUCAUCGGGGGAGUCGUCGCCGUGAUCGUUUUCCUGCUGCUGAUCCUGCUCAUCAUACUGGGACAUUACCUGAUCCGGCACAAAGGCACCUACCUGACCCACGAGGCAAAAGGCUCAGACGACGCCCCUGAUGCCGACACGGCCAUUAUCAACGCCGAGGGAGGGCAACCCAGUGGGGACGACAAGAAAGAGUACUUCAUCUAAGCAGGGGAGGGUGGGGCAUGGCAGCAGGGGGGGAGGAGGAGGAGGAGGAGGAAGCAGCGAAUCGGAACCCAGCCUCAACUGAACGACAACGGAACCCACCCAACCAAACGUCUAUGGAAUUUCUCUCGCGCCCAGGAAAGUGUGGACGGGACAGACUGGGAACGUGGUGGGAACCGGAAUCGGCGAUGGACACCGAAGGAGAGAGGAGAAAGGAGGGGAAGAGUGAGAUCAGCUUGGCUCACAGCGCUUCUUUGAACUUGUAUAAAACAUUGUUAGUAAACGGAAACAAAAACCACACACACACACACACACACGAACAUUGAGAACCCCUCAAAACACACACAAAGCAAAAAGCAACCCCUCUUCCUGCUUGCUUGUACCUACAUAUCUACGGCUGCCGUUCUAGCACUAAACACACUAAGCUGAAGAG